GAGCAUUUGGACUCGGGCUCGUUGACUCGACUCAACUGCGCAUGCGCAAUGACUGAGGCGCGCGCGCCAAACUUGAUGUUCGGCAGAAGGAGAUGGAUUCCAUGAAGGUGUUAGGGAGCACAUUUUUGGACAACCACAAAAAACGCAAGAAGAAAAAGGCUAAGAAAACGAAAAGGGAAAAGUUGGACAAACAGAAAUCAAAGCCAAAAGAUCAACAGAGUUUGAAGGAUUACGCUGACAUUUGUGACUCAAACCUUUUUGCACAGUGGCCAGAGAUCAAGAAGAAGAAAAGGAAAAAGAAACCUGAUGUCAGUUUGAAUGAGGAAUUUCCCCUUACACAGAAUAAAAACCUCAAUUUGUCAAAGGGACACAAGCAGAACAGAAAAGGUAACUGUGUUGUGGACACACACACAGUCGAGCAUGGUGUCGAGUCAGGUCAUGGUGAACAGGAAAAAGUGCAGCCCAUUUUAAACUCAAUACAAAAAGAAAAGAAACAUAAAAGGAGAGUUGUCUUUAACCUGUCGCCCGUGUUGCUUGAACCCAAACCACUUCAAAAUCCUUUUGUGGUGAGAGACAUCCUUCAAACACAAUGCUCCGGCACCGACAAAAAGCCGUCAUUUAACAGCAUAUUUCCUGCAGAUGGACGCCACAGCAAGCCAGCCAUGGAAGAAAACGGCACGGAGUCUCAAAGUACGUCUGAUGACAUCAACAGCCAAGAUCUGUUCAUCACGCAGAAGUCCUUCUCAGAUCCCUACAUAGACCUCUGCAGCAGCACUAGUGCUGAGGAGGCUCUAGAACCUCAGGGUUAUACAGCGUCAUCGCCAAGGAAACGGUCAUGUCCAGAACAUCAGUCUUAUACAGCGUCAUCACCAAGGAAACAGUCAUGUCCAGAACAUCAGUCUUAUACAGCGUCAUCACCAAGGAAACAGUCAUGUCCAGAACCUCAGUCUUAUACAGCGUCGUCACCAAGGAAACAGUCAUGUCCAGAACAUCAGUCUUAUACAGCGUCGUCACCGGGGAAACAGUCAUGUCCAGAACAUCAAUCUUAUACAGCGUCAUCGCCAAGGAAACGGUCAUGUCCAGAACAUCAGUCUUAUACAGCGUCAUCACCAAGGAAACAGUCAUGUCCAGAACAUCAGUCUUAUACAGCGUCGUCACCAAGGAAACGGUCAUGUCCAGAACAUCAGUCUUAUACAGCAUCAUCACCAAGGAAACGGUCACGUCCAGAACAUCAGUCUUAUACAGCGUCAUCGCCAAGGAAAUGGUCAUGUCCAGAACCCCAGUCAUUACCAAAGAAAACAUGUCCAGCAUAUCACCCAUCACCACCAAGGAAACCGUCACACUGUCACAAACUCGACGCUUCUACUCAGACGGAAAACUUCUUCACCUCUCCUCUCCUUGCUACUUCUCUCAGGUUCCGUCACUGGAGCACAUGCACUGAAGUACCGAUGGACCUGAGCCUGCCGAAAAGAUCCAGGCUUCUCCAGUGGGAAGGCGUCAGUAAAGCCUCCGAAGAUCAGCAUCAUCCAGAGCUGAACGUAACAGACCUGACGCAGAGCGACGACAGCGACUCGCAUUUAAAGAGCAAAGCUGACCUGUCCCAGCUGAAAGUGGUUCAGACACGGCUCAACGAGUCCUUCUUCUUCAAGCUGAAGGGAGAGGGGGAUUCACCUAAGCCCAUGUCACCACUCAUGAAGUUCGCAGGGAGUGGCGAGAAGAAGAAGCCGUGACAAAAUCAAAUUUGUUAAAACAAAAAAAUUCAGGUCUGUGGAUUUGUUGUUGAGCUAGAAUGUUUUAGACAAUUAAUCCCAAGUUCAGUUUGUUCUGUUUUGGUGUUGAUUAUAUUCCAGAGAGAAUUAUAUUAAAUAUAUACACUGCAAGUCAAAUGUGUUUUUGACUAAAUAAUAUAAAAUCAGAAAGGUAUAAUAAAGCAAAGAAGGUAUAAUAAAGAGAAAUGUUUAUUGAAUUGAGCACUGUUUAAAGGACUUGUUUAAAGACAUGUUUAAAAUAUUUAUCACUUUUAUUAGGCACAACACGUUUAUAAUUUCCAGUUAACACUAGCGCUGUGUGAGUCUUUUGUCGGUUUAACAGCUUUACAGUUAUUUAUAGUCUCAUUAGCUCCAUACAGACUAUACAUUGCUUAUUUUAUUGCUAUUCUGUUUAAAUAAUAAUAGUAAUUCAACCGUAAUACAAACAUCAGAAACUUUUGACUGGCAGUGUAUAUCGUGUGUGUUGCUGUGGACUAUAUUUACUAUACGUUAUAUUAGGAUACACAUUUUGAUUGGAAGUGUUUUUGAGCUUUCCAACCUCAAUGCAAUCACAAGAAUUUAGACAUUCCUCUGCACUGAGAAAAGAACAAAACUGUUAACCUUUGUAAACAUUAAUGUGAAUUUAAAAAAAAAAAAAAAUCAUUUUCAAUAAUUCUUCAGCCAAA